UCCCCGUACAGCCAGUCUACUGCAGUUCGCUUUUCACUUCGGUACCAAACACUCGAUUUUGUGUCCGCUCCAAGGGCAAUAACUAACCCAAAAAAAUAGAAAAAAUAGUAACAAUUUGGAAACCAAACCGAAACAAAGUCAAGAUGUGUGGUGGCUGGGCCUGUUGUUCUUACAACCUCGCCUGCUGCAAUCCACGCCUGUCGACUCUGCGAUUCACGGGGCGCUGCUUCACACCCACGCCCUGCGGUCCAGGUGACGACUGCUCCGUCUACGGAUGCUGCGGCGGCUGCUGCGGAUGUUAGGUCAUCCGCGAUGAUACAUGGAGUGGGCACAGAAUCGAGUGGAUUCCGGUUUCUCAAAGUAGGCCCUGAAAACCUCAGAUUGUCAGCCCUGAAACAAACACCAUUCAGUCCUUGUCCUGUCGUUGUCGGAACAACAUCAGAAACCUAACACUUCCAGCGGGGUAA